AUGGCAGCCUACAGCAACUACCAGGUGCCUCCUCAGUAUGGCCAGCCGCCUCCCCAACCGUUUGGUCAACCACCUCCACCACAGCAACAGCAGUACGGCCAGCAGCAGUACGGCCAACAGCCUCAAUACGAUCAACAGCCUCAGUACGGAAUGCAGAUGCAAUCUAACAUGCAGCAUGGUAGUGCUCCACGCCGAGGAAGUAUUCAACGUUCAAUGUCGUUUGAUCCUUCCCAAUCUCCCUUUGGGAACCAGAGCACGGCUGUUGUGUCGUUUGAUCCGUACGCCAGUGCUACUCCGUCUCAAGGUGGAGGAGGUGGAGAUCCCUUUGCCCCUGCUGGAUCUGUGCAAGCUCCCCCACCUGGUCAAUCUUUUCAAAGUGCUUCUCCAUAUGCAAGUGCUACCUAUGGAAAUACUAGUAGUAGUAUGUCUGUGGCGAGUGGCCCUGGUGGAGUGGCUCCAUAUGGAAUUCCCCCUUCUUAUAGCAACGAAGCAAUGACGACAAGUCCACAAGGCCAAUCACAUUUUGGUGGAGAUUUGUUUGCCAGUGCUCCACCAGCAUCUACUUCUCCGACUACUCAUCAAGGAUUCCAGAACCCAAAUGCCAGUGUGGUCAGUGACAUUACCAUGUUCAGCAGUGCUCCUCCAGCCUUUGCAGCGUCUGCCCCACCAGCUACUUCCACGGCAUUGGCUCCUGCUCCAGGCCCAAAGGUAAAGACGACAAGUUCGGCUCUUGCAAAAGCCAGAAAGGGAGAAUUCAAUGAAGGAGAUGUUGAUCCGGCACUAGCAGCGGAACAAGCCAAAAUCUUGGAAAAAAUUCAGGCUCGCAACAAGAUGAAGCAACUUCGUCAAAAUGCGGGCAUGGUGCCCUACAAUAAUCAAAGUCAGGGCAUGGUGCCCUACAAUGGAGGAGGAGGAACCGAUCGUCGCGCUCCUCCUCGUACUCGAUCCAUGCCCAACCCCAAUUCCAGAGGACAGCAAAAUUCGAUUGCCCAUGGUGGUAAGGCCGUUCUGGAUCCCAAAAAGGACAAACGAAAGCAAACACGAAAAAUGAAAACGGCCGCGGGAACUGUUGGAGGAGCCGUCAUCGGUGGCUUGGUAGCGGGACCCGUCGGUGUCGUCCUUGGGGCGGGUGGUGGUGCUGCCAUUUCCAACAAGGCAGCCAAAUCCAGAGACAAACGCAAACAACAAGAGUUUGAACAAAAGAACUUUCAAAAGGCUGCCUCACAGUCCACGGCUGCAAAGGGGGAUGGUGCGUUUGCUUAA